GCCGACAAACCUCACGGCACCCAUCAAUGCGCUGGAAGCAUGUGCUCCGGCUGUUGAGAGCGCCUGAGCCAACGAGAGGAAAGGCUGGACGCGGUGAAGGAGCAGCUGAAAGAUGGGAGAGGAUAAGGAGAACAAAGUAGAUCAGCUUCUUCACCGCUGGUAUACACAGGUUGACGUCAUCCGAGGAUGCUCACGUGACGGGCAUAUCGAUGGACACGGUGAGUACUGGCUUCGUACAGUAUCAUCAUCAUCAGUACGCUCGUCCUUUCGAGGGGUUCAACGUCUUGCCCUCCCAAUCAACAACAACAUGGAGAGGAAUACGUCUACUCACCCACGAAAGGCAGACAAGGAGAACAAGGCUGCUCCCCCCGCCCUUUGUAUCGAGAUCUCCGAGGCUGACUUGGCCCUGCUGUCAGAAACCGGAAAGGUGGCUCGAGAGCGACGAGGCAAGACGUCUGCGACUGAAGAUGAAUCGGACGCUGCCAAGAGGCCAGGAGUACCCCAAGAUGCAGAGCCCUCUCGUGUGGUCAAGGAGAGUCGCCCUCGCUUGUGGCUGUUCCUGCUAUCACCCGACGGCAAGCAGUCACCCAUGCUGAUCUGGGCCCUGGGGCGUGGUGUGCCCAUUCAGCAUGCCCUUUGUGUCUCGGGCUCAACAGCGCGCUAGAGAUCGAGUCCGUGCUUACGGAGCCCAAUGAUCUACCAACGCCAUCGGCGAAGAGAUCAG